AUGGGAUUGCUGAGUGCUUAUAUAAUCAAAAUGUUAUACUCUGGAAGGCACUCAACUGAUCAUGAAGUUGCUCUUAUGAUUCUCAUGGCUUACCUUUCUUAUAUAUUGGCCGAGGUGUUCGACUUGAGUGGAAUUCUCACUGUAUUCCUUUGCGUUAUCGUCAUGUCACACUAUACUUGGCAUAACGUGACAGAAAAUUCUCGAGUGACCACCAACCCCGGAAAAUCAGUUGGAGCAAGUGCAGUGCUGCUUGUCCUCAUGAUGGUCGGGAGAGCAUUGUUCGUUUUCCCAUUAUCCCUUCUAUCCAAUUGGACGACGAAGUCUGAGAGUGAUCAGAUUAGUUUCAAGAAACAAAUUACAAUUUGGUGGGCUGGUCUCAUGCGCGGUGCAGUCUCUAUGGCUCUUGUUUAUAAUCAGUUUACACGGUCUGGCCAUACUCAGGUGCCCCGGAAUGCGAUUGUGAUCACCUGCACCAUUAGUAUUGUCCCUUUCACUACAUUGGUAUCCGGAUUGUUCACAAAGCCACUUUUGUGGUUUUUGCUACCUCAACCGGAACAUCUCAGUAGCGUGAUUCUUUCAGAACCGUACAGUCCUAAAUCUUUCAUGUUGCCCCUUCUAGUCGAUGAGCAAGAAUCAGAAGCUGGCAUCGACAUUGAAAAUGAGUUCCAUUCUGUGAGUGUUAGUGAGAGAGAGGGAGAGGAGAGAGAGGGAGCGAGCGAGCGAGAGAGAGGGUGGCAGCUGCAAUUCUCUACGGUUCUUGGAAGAAAUCAAGGGCAAGAAGAAGAGAAAAUGAUGGAGGCAAAGAAUAAGAUGUCAUCACACCACUGGUGGUUUGACAGUCACAAUAAGGGUAACACAAAUCGAUCUCCAUGGCUUCAAUCCACACUUGCAGAGCUCGAUGGGAAAACGAAAACAAUGCUGAAACUAGUCGAGGAAGAUGCAGAUUCCUUUGCCAAACGUGCAGAAAUGUACUACAAGAGAAGACCAGAACUCAUUAACAUGGUUGAAGAUCUUUAUCGAUCCCAUCGCUCACUAGCCGAGCGAUAUGACCAGUUCAAGUCUGAAUCUGGAACCCGCCUCGUAACAACACCAUGGUCAUCUCCGUUAUCUUUCAGAAAGUUUCAACUUGAGAAGUCAAUAAGCUUGAGCGAUAAAUCAUAUGAUAGCUACUCGGAGACCUAUGGACCCGAGGAAUCGGACGAGUCUGAGGUUGAUGAUCCGGAAGAAGUCGAAACAGUACAAGAUAAUGAUGUAACUGAAACAGAAAAACUAAUGAUGCUGAAAGAAGAAUUGAAGAAACUCGGAGAAGAGAACGAGGUUCUCAAGGAGCAACUACUGCAAAAGGAUGACGAGAAACGGGAAGUCAUUAGACAACUGAGUUUAGCCAUGGAUUUGCUGCGGGAGGAAAACAUCAAGCUGAGGAAGAAUUGUAUCGCUUUAAACACGCCGAAGAAAGAAAAGCUUCACUUCAACAAGUCAAAAGACGGUUUCUUGGGGAGGUUGUUCGAUGGAUUUCUACCAUCACAGACAAAUCUUGUUGCUCUUUAG